CCCGGCCUCUUCUCUCCCCGUCAACCAACACCCACAAUGGCUCCGUUUUUUGAUUCUACAGCUCUCCAGGCCCUUAAGGAUGCGCUGACAUCCUCUCUCAUCUUAACGCCUGAUUCCGAGGGGUAUCAGGACAGUUUGCGACGAUGGUCCGAUACGGGUGUCAAGCCUGCGGGCGUUGUGGUUAUGCCAUCAGAAGUCGCAGAUGUUCAAACAGCCCUGCUCUGGGCCCAGAAACACCACAUCGAUCUCGCGAUUAAGGGCGGCGGACAUUCGGUUGCCGGUACCAGCUCGAGCCAGGACGGACUUGUCAUCGAUCUUUCUCACUUGAAAAGUGUUUCCGUCGACGCCGCGGCGAAGACAGUUACAGUACAGGGAGGGGCUACGUGGAAGGAAGUCGAUGAAGCUGCAUGGGAACACGGCCUCGCUGCCGUUGGAGGCACGGUCAAUCAUACGGGCGUCGGUGGACUGACACUGGGCGGCGGAUACGGCUGGCUGAGCGGGUUAUACGGUCUUACAAUUGACAAUCUAUUGUCUGCGCGUGUGGUGCUUGCUGAUGGUCGCUUGGUCACCACGUCCGAAUCCGAGAACCCGGACUUGCUGUGGGGGUUGAAAGGUGCGGGGUACAAUUUCGGCAUUGUCGUGGAGUUCACAUAUCAGGCACAUGAACAGAAGAAUCCUGUUUUCGCGGGUAUUAUUUCCUUCCCACCGGACAAGCUGGAGGUAGUCGUGGAGCAGCUCAAUGAGACGCUGCUGAGUCCUGAUCCUCGGGGUGGUAUUAUGUGCUUCUUGGCGCAACCCCCCGGUGCCCCAGUGCCGAUGAUCAAUGUCCUUUGCUACUACAACGGCACCAAAGAAGAGGGGGAGAAGCGAUAUGGUGGACUGCUGAAGCUGGGGCCAGUAGUUAACACCUUGGACAUGAUCCCAUACUCCCUGUUAAACAGUCUUCAAAAUCCGAUGGCGACAUAUGGCGGACGGAAAUCAUUCAAGGGGAUUUUCUACCAGCCGCCAAUGGAUCCCCAGUUUGUACGCACCAUCUUGACUGACCUGACUGCCAAGAUCCAAGAAGACGAGGACCUGAAGGCAUCUGCGUUGAUCCUGGAGUUCUUUGACAUGCGCAAAGUCUGCGAAGUUCCUUCGACGGCAACGGCGUUUGCAAGUCGGAAUAGCACCCAGAAUGGAAUCAUCUGCCUUCGCUGGUCUGAUUCCAGCAAGGAUGCCCAAAAUCGCGCCUGGGCGCGCGAGAUGCAGGCCCGAUGGAAGGAGCAACUCAAAACUCCUGACACCGACGUACCGCAGUACAUCAAUUAUGCUGAACCCGGUGACUCCGCCGUUUCCAACAUUUAUGGUGUCAAUCUGGGUAGACUGCAAGAUAUCAAGGCGAAAUAUGAUCCCACGAAUGUGUUCUACAAGAUGCAUCCGAUCGAAUGAAUGCACCAACCGCAUAGUUUGUCAAUAGUUACCAGUUGUACAUAUGCAUGGAACUUGUACAUAUCAAGUUUAUCCUGUUCAUACAGGGAGGUCUCGAAUUCCGUAUACCAAUCUGGAAUUCUGCUCUGCAAGGAGCUCACCUGAAAUACAAAUUGUGGUCCUUGUAUACGGUAUCCCCGGCGUAUCCUACUGGAAUGUCGAUGUCACAUUCCAUCAAACAUCAACACUAGGUAUAAAUUGUGGAAGCCACAACUGCGCGUGGGCUACUCAGCAUUGCGCCAAAAUUGACUGUGAUGAUGUAUGCCUCCCGAU